AUGAACUUCUUCACUGGCGAAAAUCCUCUCAUCAACUACCAAACCUACCAACCACCACAUCAAAGACAACCACCUCAACCCAAUCAAUCACAAGCCCCUCAAAUCACAUAUCCCUCCACAUCUCCCAAUCAAGAUGAUACACUCCGAUCCAUUCUUCAAGGACAAAAAGAACUUCAAACUACACUUGCCUCUGGUCUUACCGGUCUUACAUCUACUCUCCAAGCUCUUCUCGCCCGCAUGGAACCAUCUACAUCCACUCCUCAAGCCUCAAGUUCUAGUGCGAUACCCUCUCAACCGCUACCCAACCCCAAUGGUGGUAUCAACGCCAUUACCUUGAGGUCCGAAACCAAAUUGCAAGAGAGGAAUCCAAAGGCACCUAUACCAAUGAUAGUCACCCAAGAUGAGGAGGGAAUUGAGAUAGAAGAAAUUGAAAAGGAGAAUGAGGCACAAGAGGUAGUUGAAGAUGAAGUCCCUCAACCAAGAGGUGAAGUCUCCAAAGAUGAGAAGGUCUUGGAAGAAGAAGUCGCUCAACCAAUUCCAUUUCCCACAUUAGCAAGGAAAGCUAAGAAGCGUGUAGAGCUUGACCCCAAAAUGGUGGAGAUAAUUCAUGAGUUAGAGACUAUUCCAUUGGGGAGUUCUAUUUCGGCUUUGAUGGGAGCACUACCGGAAAAGUGUGGUGAUUCAGGCCCGUGCAUGGUUACUUGUACUAUAGAUGGAGUUCAAUUUAUUGAUUGUAUGUGUGAUCUUGGUGCAUGCGUUAGUAUUAUACCUCUUUUCGUUUACCAUAUAUUGAAGCUCCCACCAUUGAAGCGGUCGGCGGCUAGGUUUGUCUUAGCGGAUAAGAGCAUAAUAACUGUGACGGAUAUUGCAGAAGAUGUGUUGGUAAACAUAAAGGGUUUGAUAUUUCUGACUGAUUUUUAUAUUCUUGAGAUGCCACCUAGUGAAUCCGAAAGGACAUCAUCCAUCUUACUUGGGAGGCCAUUUUGGAGGACCUCUAGGUUCAAAUUGGAUGUUUAUUCGGGAACUUACUCUUUUGAGAUCGACGGGAGAGUCGUAAGUUUUAGCCUAGAUGAAGCGAUGAGGCACCCACCGGAGAACCAUUCCAUAUUCUGGUGUGACUUAAUUGAUAACAUUGUGGCCGAAGUGCAUUAUACAAAGCUAGAUGAGAAAAGUAUGAUUGAAGAACCGAAUGAAGAGAACACCUCACCCCUUCCGGCACCACCGGAAAUUCAUCAAGUGUCAAGUCAAGAGAAAAAUAUAGAAUUGAAACCACUACCGCCCCACCUAAAGUAUUCCUACCUUGAUGAAGCCCACAAGUUUCCAGUGAUUGUUGCAAGGGAACUCACUCCUCAACAAGAAGAGAAGUUUCUACAUGUUUUGAGGGAGAACAAAAGGGCCAUAGGGUGGAGCUUGGCGGAUCUAGUGGGCAUAAGCCCCCCAAGUGUACGAGCACCGAAUAUUCCCAAAGGAAGGAGCUAG